AUGGGUCUACAGCCUCAGUCCUGGGUCUACAGCCUCAGUCCUGGGUCUACCUGGGUCUACAGCCUCAGUCCUGGGUUCUACAGCCUCAGUCCUGGGUCUACAGCCUCAGUCCUGGGUCUACAGCCUCAGUCCUGGGUCUGUGGUGGGGGGGGGUGGGGUGGGGGGGGGGGGGGGGUGGUGGGGGGGUGGGUGUGGGUGGGGUGGGGGGUGGGGGUGUUUUGGGGUGGGUGGGGGUGGGGGUGGGGGGGUGGUGGGGGGGUGUGGUGUUGGGGUGUGUUGGGUGGUGUGUGGGUGGUGGUGGUGGGGGGGGGGUGUGGGGGGGGGUUGGGGUUGUGUGUGUGGGGGGUUGGUGUGUGGUGGUGUGGGGUAGUUUUUUGGGGUUUGGGGGGGGGGUUGGGUUGGGUGGGUGGGUGGGUUUGUGGGUUGGGGGGGGGUGGUUUUGGUGUUGGUUUGGGGUGGGUGGGGGGUGGUUGGUGGGGGGGGUUGGGUGGGGGGGGGUGUGUGGGGGGGGGGUUUGGUGGGUGUGGGUGGGGGUGUGGGGGGUGGGGUUGUGUUUUGGGGGGGGUUUGGGGUGGGGGGGUUUUGGGGGGUUGGGGUGUUGGUUGGGGGGGUUGGUGGGGGGUGGUGGGGGGGGGGGGGGGGGUGUUUGGGGGUGGGGGGGUGGGGGGGGGUGGGGUUGGGGGGUUGGGGUGGGGGGGGGGGGGGUGGGGUGGUGGGGGGGGGUGGGGGGUUGGGGGUUGUGGGUGGGUGUUGGGUUGUGGUGGGGUGGUGGUGUGGGGUGUGGGGUGGGGGGGUGUUGGUGUGUGUGGUUGGGUUUUGGGGUGGUGUGGGGGUUGGUGGUUUGUUUUUGGGGUUGGGGGGGGGGGGGGGGUUGGUGUUGUUGGGGGUGGGUUGGUUGGGUGGGUGUGUGGUGUGUUGGGUGUGGUUUUGUUUGGGGGGGUGGGGGGGGGGGGGGGGGGGUUUGUUGGGUGGGGGGGGGUUUUGGGUGUUGGGUGUUGUGGGUGUGGGGGGUGGGGGGGGGGGGGGGGGGGGGGGGGGGGGUGGGUGGUGGUGGGGUGUGGGUUGGGUGGGGGGGGGGGGUUGGGGGGUGGGGGGGGGUGUGGUGGGUGUGGGGGUUGGGGGGGGUUUUUGGGUGGGUGUUGGUGUGGUUGGGGGUGGGGUGGGGGGGUUGGGGGUUGGGGUGGGUGGGGGGGGGUGUUGGGGUGGGUUUGGGGGGGUUUUUGUGGGUGUGGGUGGGGGGGGGUUGGGGGUUGGGUGGGGGUGUGUUUUGGUUGGGGUGGGGGGGGGGGGGGUUGGGGGGGUUGGGGGGGGUUUGGUGGGGGGGUGGUUGGGUGUGGGGGGGUUGUGGGGGGGGGGGGGGGGGGGGGGGGGGGGGGGUGUGGUUGUGUGGGGUGGUUGGGGGGUUUUUAG